GGGGUCCCUCUGCCUGCUGCAUUGUUCAUGCCUGGCUCAGAUGCUGCAGCCUCUCACCAUGGGCCUGCCCUCAUGGCUGCUUGGACAGCUCCUGGCCAUGACAGUACUUCAGCUUCUGAGCCGCAGCACCGCAGCCCCUUUCCCUACCUUGGCGCCCCCACUUACCAUGGUCGUUAACGGCGAGAGGAAGACCUUAGUGGUUUGUGUGGUGAACGACCUCUCCCAGGACACGGCAGAUGCCAUCUGGUUUUCGAAUGAGAAUGGAAGCGCCCUGGACUCCUUCACCUACGGGGUUUCCAGGGAAGAAGACGGCACAUUUAGCACAGUCUCUCACCUCUCCAUCCACACUGCAGAACUGGAGUCCUGGGAAUCCCUCGCCUGCCAUGUGAGACAGAACAGAACCGCCCAGGUGUGGAGUGCCAGGUCCCUGCUGAUCUCUGAAGACCCUGUGGAAGAGCCAUGUCUAGAUGAAGACCGAAGUGCUCUGCCCGUCUGUUCACAAAUCCUGCUUCUCUUGGCUAUCAGAGCGUUGUUGCUGAAGGUCCUCCUGUUUGACAUUCUCAUCACCUGCAGCUUCCUCUUCAAAGGGGGACGCCAAGCCCUACUGCUGAACUCUGCAAAUAGUUCCUCUGCUCAGGCUUGGCUCAGCGACAGAAAAUCAGGCUUGCCUGUCAGCAUGGAGAGCAGACCGAGGCAGAGACUGAGUUGGACAGAGUUAGUGACUGGAGCCAGCCACCAGGGUAGCAGAGACAGGGCUUCCCACACCAUUUCCUUACACCUUCCACCCAUCUGACCUAGAGCAAAUCAAAUGACCCACUAGCAGCUGUCCUCACAGUGGGAUUUGGGGCAGUUUACAAGGUGUUGCACAUGGUUUGCUCACCUCUCUGCCCACUAUGCUGAUGUCAGCCAGGACACGGCAUGUACCAUGUGCAGAACAGAUGGGCCCCAGCUGGACCAAAGUGUAAAACAGAAGAUGACAAACCCAGGCUAAUGGUGUACCAACCCAAGUGUUGAGUUGGGCCUGGGCCCAGGUUUCCCUGUUGGUCAUCUGUUCUCAUUUUUUGUGUUUGUCUUACUGGGUAAACUGCACAGUGUGCAGAGGAGUAUGCAGUUCACAGGCUGCAGCCAUGUUCUCCAUGUACCAGCAACAGUGAUACAGGGCUAAUCUCUAGCACCAGGAAACACCUCGUUGGUAAAGAAAAUCCUUUUCUGGGCAAAGAAAUCAGUUGGUUCUCGGAGUCAGCACCCAGGGAAAUUCGCUUCAGAAGAAGUCCUGUG